CCGACUUGACUGGACUCGACUCACUCGACCGAGUUCUGUUCUUGGCGUGUAUCUGCCGAAAUCCGAACCUAUAAAACUCGACGGAAAAGUUUUUAUUUUAGCAAUUAAGAAAAUCGUGAUCGCGUCGGGUGAAAUAAUCUAGAAAAAAAUAAUCGUUUCAAUCAAUUUACUCAAAUAAUGGCAGACUUUUUGGAUUCAGAGGCCGAAGAGAGUGAGGAGGAACAAGAAUUGGAUCACAGUGGAAAGAAGAAAGCUAAAAAAGCCAAGGCAAUGGAGGAAAGUGAUGAAGAGGAAGAAGAUGACGAAGAUAGACUGCGAGAAGAGUUGAAAGAUCUUAUCGAUGACAAUCCCAUAGAAGAAAGUGACGGCGAAGAUAGUGAUGCAUCUGGAACUUCCAAAAAGAGAAAGAAAAGCGACGAUGAAGAUUUUGAUGAUAGGUUGGAAGACGACGAUUAUGAUUUAAUAGAAGAAAAUCUUGGUAUAACAGUUGAGAGGAAACGUUUCAAACGUCUCAAACGUGUGGAAGAUCGAGAAUCCGAUGAGGAGCAAGAGCAACAACCCGGUGAAGAGCGUGACGCUAUUGCCAAUGAACUCUUCGAAGGUGGCUCGGGGGAUGAGCGGGAAGGUCCGACGGAGGAUGAGCGAAGAAGCGAAAGAAGCCACAGACCUGAAGCAGAAACAUUCGACGAGGAGGGUAGCGAGGGAGAGUAUUCGGAUGCCGAUGAUUUUAUUGUUGACGAUGACGGAAGACCGAUUACUGAAAGAAAGCGAAAGAAAAAGCCAAUAUUUUCGGACGCUGCCCUCCAAGAGGCCCAGGAUAUAUUCGGAGUUGACUUCGAUUACGACGAAUUCGACAAGUACGGUCAAGAGGAUUACGAAGAAGAGGAAGAUGAAGAGGAAGAUGAGUAUUUGGACGACGACGGAGACGGCGAAAGACCCCGUCGUCCGAAGAAAACGUCGAAGAAAAGACCAACUAGAAAGAGCAUCUUUGAGAUUUACGAACCCAGCGAACUUAAACGUGGUCAUUUCACUGAUAUGGAUAACGAGAUCCGUAAUACCGACAUUCCGGAACGCAUGCAGCUCCGAUCAGUGCCGGUGACUUCAGUCCCUGAGGGUUCGGAAGAGCUCGAUCUUGAGGCUGAAUGGAUAUACAAGCAAGCAUUCUGUCGUCCAACGGUAUCGAUUCAAGACGCCCAUUUGAACGACGAAGCAAAAGAGCGUGCUCGAAAAGGUCCCCAAACAGUGGGGAAAAUAAAAAAAGCACUUGAUUUCAUGAGGAAUCAAUACUUCGAAGUUCCUUUUAUAUCAUUUUACAGGAAGGAAUACGUACUGCAGGAAUUGAACAUAAACGAUCUUUGGAAAGUGUACAAGUACGAUGCGAAGUGGUGUCAGUUACGUCAGAGAAAAGAAAACUUGAUGACGCUUUUCGAAAAAAUGCGAAACUAUCAGUUGGAUCAAAUAAUGAAAAAUCCAGAUGCACCGCUCCCCGAUAACGUUCGGGUUAUAAAAGAAGAGGACAUUGACCGUUUGAAAGGCGUACAAACGAGUGAGGAGCUUAACGACGUUCAUCAUCAUUUUAUGCUUUAUUACAGUCAAGAUAUCCCGAGCAUGCAAGAAGCGGUGCGUCAAAAAGAGCGAGAAGCUAGACGCGAGGCUAGAGCACAGAAGCGCAAACAGCAAUUGAUCGAAGCUGAGGAAAAUGGAACAGAUCCUCCGCCGGAGGACGAAAUAAACAUCGAUGACGAAGAAGAACCUGACGAAACUCUGAAACAAGCAGUACGAACGGGGCCUUAUUCGAUAUGUAGGAAAGCUGGUCUCGAUACAUUUGCUAAAAAGUUUGGUCUCACUCCCGAACAUUUCGCUGAAAAUUUACGAGACAAUUAUCAGCGUCAUGAAGUUGAUCAAGAGCCGGUUGAGCCGACGACCGUUGCGGCUGAUUUUUGCGGCCAGAAGUUUCAAACGGCUGACGAAGUGGUAAAAGCCGUACAAUUGAUGGUCGCAUUUCAAUUAGCACGAGAGCCACUCGUCCGAAAGUGCGUUCGUGAAAUGUACAUGGAAAGAGCAAAAAUAUCGGUACGCCCAACGAAAAAGGGCAUAAAAGAAAUCGAUGAGAACCAUCCAAUUUACUCUAUGAAGUACCUCAAAGACAAACCUGUACGCGAUCUCGUCGGUGAUCAAUAUUUGAAACUUUCGAUGGCCGAAGAAGACAAGCUUAUCACGAUAACGCUUAGCGACGCUAUCGAAGGCAACACUAGCAGUAACUACGUCGAUGAGAUAAAACAGCUAUAUUACAGAGACGAAUUCAGUAAAAAUGUUCAAGAUUGGAACGCCCUCAGAGUCGGAAGUGUUGAAAUGGCAAUGAAUCGUAUGGUAAUACCGGAUUUGAAGAAAGAGCUCAAAGCCAAUUUAAUCACCGAAGCGAAAGAGUGUGUUAUGCGAGCUUGUUGUCGAAAAAUGUACAAUUGGAUUAAGGUUGCGCCUUACACGUGCAAAUUUCCUGGCGAGGAGGACGAAGAAUGGAAUACGAGUAAAGGAAUUCGUGUUAUGGGUGUUGCCUACGUGCCUGAUUAUUCUCAAGCAGCGUUCGCUUGUAUCGUUGCCCCUGAUGGCGAAUGCACCGAUUAUCUGAGAUUGCCACAUCUUUUAAAGCGGAAAAAUGGCUUUCGGGAAGAUGAGAAAAUUAUGAAAGAGGCCGAUUUACUCGCCAUUAAACAUUUCAUUGCAACGAAAAAACCUCAUGUCAUUGUCCUCGGUGGUGAAUCCAGAGAAGCAACGAUGCUCGUCGAGGAUCUCAAAGAGUGCGUCGCUAAUUUGACCGAAGAAGAACAGUAUCCACCUAUACAAAUCGAAAUAUGCGAGAACGAACUGGCCAAAAUAUAUGCGAACAGUAACAAGGGAAUUUCCGAAUUUCGUGAUUAUCCAAUAUUGCUGCGGCAAGCAAUAUCAUUGGCUCGUCGUUUGCAAGAUCCUCUCGUCGAAUUUUCACAGUUAUGCACACCCGACGAAGAAAUUUUGUGUCUGAAAUAUCAUGCUUAUCAGGAUCAAUUGCCGAAGGAAGAAUUGCUGGAGAAUAUUUAUCUCGAAUUCGUAAAUCGAGUCAACGAGGUUGGUGUCGACAUAAAUAAAGCUGUGCAACAGGCUUAUUCCGGCAAUCUUUUACAAUUUGUUUGCGGUUUGGGACCGAGAAAAGGCCAAGCAUUAAUGAAAAUGUUGAAGCAAACUAAUCAGAGAUUGGAAAAUCGUACGCAGCUCGUAACGGCGUGUCACAUGGGUCCUAAAGUUUUUAUCAAUUGUGCUGGAUUUAUAAAAAUCGACACGAACAGUCUGGGUGACAGUACGGACGUUUACGUCGAGAUACUCGACGGUUCCAGGGUGCAUCCUGAAACGUACGAGUGGGCGAGAAAAAUGGCUGUUGAUGCUUUGGAGUACGAUGACGAAGACACCAAUCCCAGUAUGGCACUCGACGAAAUUCUCAGCGCACCUGAACGUCUCAAAGAUCUUGAUCUCGAUGCUUUUGCCGAGGAGCUCGAAAGGCAGGGAUUCGGCAACAAAUGCAUAACUCUUUACGACAUCAGAGCUGAAUUGAACUGCCGAUACAAGGAUCUUCGCGCUCCCUAUACCUCACCGAGUCCUGAAAAACUCUUUGAUAUUCUGACGAAAGAAACACCCGAGUCUUUUUACAUCGGCAAGUUAAUUCUUGCCACAGUUGCUGGUAUAAGCCACAGAAAACCACAAGGUGAUCAACUCGAUCAAGCCAAUCCUGUGCGUAAUGACGAGAGCGGCCUUUGGCAAUGCCCGUUCUGUUUGAAAAAUGACUUCCCCGAACUCUCCGAAGUUUGGAAUCAUUUCGACGCCGGUGGAUGCCCCGGAAAGGCAACAGGUGUCAGAUUGCGUCUUGACAAUGGCAUUUCUGGAUAUAUUCAUAUUAAAAAUUUGUCUGACAAGCACGUCGCCAACCCUGAGGAAAGGGUUACUCCUGGACAGAUUAUACAUUGCCGUGUUAUCAAAAUCGAGGUUGAUCGGUUCAGCGUUGAAUGUACAAGUAAAAGUAGCGAUCUCGCGGACAAGAAUCACGAGUGGAGACCACAACGAGAUCCCUUCUUCGACACGGAAGCCGAAGAGAAAGAUACGAAGGUUGAGGAAGAUGCGAAAAAAGUGAAACAGCGACAGACCUACGUGAAACGUGUAAUCGUGCAUCCGUCCUUCCACAACAUAAGUUAUUCCGAAGCUGAAAAAAUGAUGAAAACGACGAAACAGGGCGACGCGGUAGUUCGCCCGAGUAGCAAAGGUGCCGAUCACCUUACGGUCACGUGGAAAGUAACCGAUGACAUUUAUCAGCAUAUUGAUGUGAGAGAAGAGGGCAAAGGAAACGCUUUUUCUCUUGGGACAAGCCUGUGGAUUGGUAACGAAGAAUUCGAGGACUUGGACGAAAUUUUAGCGCGUCAUGUCAAUCCUAUGGCUUCUUAUGCUUCCGAACUCUUGGAUUAUAAACAUUUCAAACCAACGGUAAUGGGUAUGAAGGACAAAGCUGAGGAGUUGCUGAAAGAACAGCAGAGAGAAAAUCCAGGUGGCAUUCCUUACAUUAUUUCAGCCGCCAAGAAUUACCCGGGAAAAUUUCUACUCUCCUAUCUACCUCGCUCAAACUGCCGUCAUGAGUACGUAACCGUUUCCCCUGAAGGCUUUCGGUUCAGGGGUCAAAUGUUCGCUCGGGUUGGUGAUCUUUUCAGUUGGUUUAAAAAACACUUCCGGGAUCCUGUACCAGGCCAAACUACGCCAAGCACCCCUCGGGGUGCUGCUACUUCCAGAACGCCAUAUCAUAACACACCCGGUGCUGGUGGUGUUAAUCAAGAAGCUAUACAAAGGGUAGCUCAGAAUCUUCCACAUCACAUGCUUCACUCGCUGUCGCAAGUGGCUAAUCAAACGCCUCAUCACUAUCCGCCUCAUACUCCGGGAACUGCGGCAGCUGCUGGAUACGGUGGAAUGCAUACAUAUCCAAAUACGCCGUACACCCCAUCGGGGCAAACUCCGUUCAUGACCCCGUACCAAACUCCUCAUCACACUCCACAUCACUCACAGCCAACGCCAAGGUACGGUCAACAGACACCGAGUCAAGGACAAUUUUUGCAUCCGGCUGCCGCUCAAGCUACUGGAGGAAUGCAUCACAGAUCGACCCCGUCUCACAGGCCUACUCCUCCUAUAACUAAUUCCUCUGGCGAUCCCAUGGAUUGGAAGAAAGCUGCUGAAGCGUGGGCACGCUUGAAGCAAACCGUGCCAAGAAUUUCGAACAGCACUCCAAGAUACGACGAUUCUCGUAAAACUCCAAGAGGUUACGAAGAGUCAUCAGGCCGAGCGACUCCGCGAACUCGACCACCUCCAGCACGAACUCCAUCUUACAAAUCGCCACGUGGAACUCCUCAUACAAAUUCCAGUCCACGGAGUAUGUCGCUAAGUGGAGAUGGAACUCCACUUUACGACGAGAGCUAACAGAGUGACAGGCUCUUUUUGUUCAUAGUGAAUGAUGAGUAUAUUAUAUAUCACGUUACUCACAAACACGGAGAUAGCGGUUUUCAAUGCAUGAUCAUGAGAAAUUGUUAUUUCUAAAUUGUAUGAAAUUGGCAAAGAAGAAGCCAAAAGACCGAUUUCUUUAGCGAAAAUCGAGCUAGUUUUAUCAUCGAUCUAUAUUUUAACAAUCAAUUUCUACGUAGCUUCAAUACGGUUCUAUUUGUGUUUGUACAUAAUAUUUACGUACAACGUCAAAACUAUUUCGAAACGGGAUUGAAGCUGCUACAUCACUUUUAUUAUACAUAUUAUAAUUAUUAUUUAUUCGUAUUGGAGGAAGACUACAGGGAGUUUUGUACUUCCCCCACCCCUAAAUUAUUGCACUUUUUUCAUUUGACAAUAUCAAUCAUGGAACCGUACUAUGGCAUUUUUUUAAUACAUUUUACAAAAUAUUAUUCGUAAAAUUGGAUUAUUUUCGUAGCGUACGAUCCGCAGUUUUACUAGUCUCUGUUGCAGAAAUUGCUACAUGUUCCAAUCGAUUUUUUAGAGUUUUCUUGCUCUAAAUAGGAAAAUUGUGCGUAGCCCCAAUCAAUGUUAAAUAAUAUUUAUUGCUUCACCCCUAUUCCAAUAUUUAUUAAUCCCUCGUUGUUUCAUCGUCUCGUACAAUUCCACAUGCUUUUUUUUUAUGUGGAGCUUCGUGUUGAAGAAAGGAUCCGAUGAAAUUUCACUUCUCCUUUUUUUUUCUGCACUCACAAUUCAAUGUUUGUAUGUAGAGAAAAAAAAUUUCUAAUCAUGUUUAGGAAUCGCACGGAAUUUCUUUUAUCCCUUAUUUUUUUAAAUAAAUAAAAAAAAAAAUACAUCACAGAGAAACGAUUGAGUGUCUGCGAAGCCUCGAUUGAAUUCUUAUUGAAAUGAUUUUUUUACACAAUCAUAUUUACAAAUUAGGUUUUUAUUUUAUCGAGACACGAUGCAAUAAAUUGAAAAAUCUUACAUCACGUUAGUUCUCAUAGCUCUAUGAGGAAUGCAAAACUCUCUAGUCUCUCCGUAAAUGAGAAUGAUAUUUGCAAGGAAUGAAUCAAGAGUGGACUGAUUUAUAUUUUGAAAAUUGUAAUAUCACACUUACGUCUCGUUACUGCAAAUCGAUCGAAGGGACACAGGGAAACGGAAGAAUAUACUUUUUUAGUUGUUUUUCGUUUACCGAAUAAUGCAGGUUUUAUUGGAAUAUUCAAAUGAAUUGUUAAAUAUUUGUUACGUUCGUUUACACCACAAGAAUAACGUUCGCAUAUAUUUUGUACAAUGGCUUGACAGUGAUAUUAAACGAUAUAUACUCCAAAA